AUCAGGAUGAAGGCUACGAGGGUACGCAACCGACACAGCAAGUUACACAGACCCAGCGUACGUCAUCAAUGCCAAACCCAAAUGAACCUGGCUAUUGGGGUGUUCUCAUGCCAGUCGGGAGAAGAGAUCUCAAUAGCGUGACGUUCUUGAAUGAGAAGCCAUUGUAUAGAUUUGGUAGACAUCCACAAGAGAAUGAUAUUAUAUUGACCGGAAAGAAGAUCAGUAAUAACCAUUGCAAGAUAUACCAGACAGGUGAUUAUGAUAACACAGACGAUGCUGGUUCAGCUAGCACCGAAAUCGUCAUCUUCUUAGAAGACACGAGUUCAAAUGGUACAUAUAUAAACCAGGUUCGCUGUGGAAGAGGCGUAAAGAGGAGACUAAUGCCCGGAGACGAGGUUAGUUUCGGUAAUCCACUGUCAAAUGCGCCUGGAUCCGGAGACGAUUACCGGUAUAUAUUCAGACCACGCCCUAAAAAAGCUCAAAGUAUAGAUGAGAACGCAGGUGGUGGUGUGUUUGCGAAGUAUGAAAUUGGCGCACAGAUUGGGAAAGGAUCAUUUGCGACAGUGAAAAAAGCCUACGAACGGAGUUCAGGUAUUCCGAGAGCAAUAAAACAGAUCGCUAAGCAUAAGUUUGCUAUGAAUCAAAAAACCCUGAAGAUGUUUGAACGUGAAAUUGGAAUCAUCAAGAUAUUGGACCAUGAAAACAUAGCUAGAUUUUGUGACAUAUUUGAGGACGACCAGGUGAUAUACUUAGUCAUUGAGUUUGCUGCUGGAGGCGACUUAUUAGACUACAUCAUUAACAGAGGCGGUCUGUCUGAGCACGAAACGAAAGAAAUUGCUAGACAAAUGUGCGCAGCAAUGGCAUAUACCCAUGAGAAAGGUAUCACUCAUCGUGAUUUAAAGCCUGAGAAUAUCCUACUUUGCACAAAAGACACGGAAUCACCCCAAAUUAAGGUUACAGAUUUCGGUUUAGCUAAAGCAGUAGACAGUCAGACACAUCUCAAGACGAUGUGUGGUACACCUUCAUAUUUAGCACCAGAAGUCGUUCUUAAAAGAGCGGAAGGAUACGAUCAAGCGGUAGAUUCUUGGAGUACUGGCGUUAUAAUUUAUGCGAUGCUGACAAAUUCAUCACCAUUCGACGAACAAGAAGAUGAACCACUUCAUGAAAGAGUCUUGAAGCGUAAAGUUGAUUAUAAUAUACUAGAAAAAUUGGGAUUAUCAAGUAACGCUAUUGAUUUUAUAAGUAAAUUAUUAGUAGCAGAUCCAAAGACAAGAAUGUCAUUGAAAGAUGCCCUGAAUCACCCGUGGUUAUCAGGAGAGCCAUUGAAGGCAUCAAGAACCGCACCACCACCACCAAUUCCAGUACCAAAGUUUAACAACAGAAAUCACGUAAAUGUUGUAGACUCAACAGAAAAAGAUGAGAAUAUCAAGAAUCAAAUACAGGCAUUACAAGGCGAAUUGAAAAAUUCUAGCAAUGCUGAUAGUACACCAUACAGGAAUGGAUUUUUCCAAGAUGACGAUAGUUCCUCACCUCCAAAAUUCAGUAUACCUUCAUCGAAUUAUUCAAACCAGAAUAUGUUUAGCUCAUCACCAUUACCAUCUAAUAACAAGAAUGGACAGAAUUACAAUCCAAAAUCUGAUAUAAGUUGCAGCGCUGAUAUGUCACAGUUACAGUUACAGCAUUUGUCGCCAAUGUUAAAGAGAAAGUUACCUGCUGAAGCAUCAGAUGAAAAUCAUGAUGAAUAUGGAAAGAAGAAAGCAUCGGAUAAUUAUGCACUAAGGGAACGUAAGCAAGUUAAGCAUUAAGUGUUUUACCGAUGAAAUAACCAAUGUAACGAUUUUUUAACUAUUCGCGCUCAUUCACAAGUUCACAAUAUAAAUUAUACAUGUAACUUACACAUUGUAGAUAGACAUUUAAAUUGAUAUCCA